AUGAGCGCAACCAAAGAGCACAAAAGUACACAGUUUCCACUUUCAAUCGAAUCCCCGCCUUCUUACAAUGAUGUGAGCGGCGCCGUUAUCAUAAAUCAAGAGGGCAAACCUCAAUUCCUAUCACCAGAGGAAGAGGUAGAACGACACCAUCGACUACAGCAAGCAGUGCGCGAGAAGAUGUUAGGGUUACCACGAACGACAAAGUUCGAAUGGCACUGGGGGACAUCAGGGAUGUCAGAAUAUACAGCAACUAUGAGCGAGGACCCACCACUACCGCUGUAUACACCCUGA